UCUUCUAAUGAUCUUAGGGUGCUUAGCCGGCCUGGUCCUGCCCACCUUGUCGCCAGCCUCCUACACUGCCCGUCACAUUCUGUUGCCCAAGAGAUGAUGAAGAGGCUGGCUGAGCUAAGGAAAGGGAGGAAGAGCACACUAGCCUAAGGAAUCAGUCAGCAGAGGCCCAGGAGGAGACGCAGACCCUUGCUCUCUGGCGUUCCUGGGGGCCAGGAUGGGGCAGCAGUUCAGCUGGGAGGAGGCAGAGGCGGCGGGCGAGAUCGAUGUGGCGGAGCUCCAGGAGUGGUACAAGAAGUUCGUGGUGGAGUGCCCCAGCGGCACACUCUUCAUGCAUGAGUUCAAGCGCUUCUUCAAGGUCACAGGCAAUGAGGAGGCCACCCAGUAUGUAGAAGGCAUGUUUCGAGCUUUCGACACGAAUGGGGACAACACCAUCGACUUCCUGGAGUACGUGGCCGCCCUGAACCUGGUAUUGAGGGGCACCCUGGAGCACAAGCUGAAGUGGACCUUCAAGAUCUAUGACAAAGACCGCAAUGGCUGCAUCGACCGCCUGGAGCUGCUGGACAUUGUAGAGUCAAUUUACAAGCUGAAGAAAGCCUGCAGGGUGGAGAUGGAGGCCGGGCAGCAGGGCCAGCUGCUCACGCCCGAGGAGGUCGUGGACCGGAUCUUCCUUCUGGUGGAUGAGAACGGAGACGGCCAGCUGUCUCUGAGUGAGUUCAUCGAAGGCGCCCGUCGUGACAAGUGGGUGAUGAAGAUGCUGCAGAUGGAUGUGAAUCCCAGCGGCUGGAUCUCUCAGCAGAGGCGGAGAAGUGCCAUGUUCUGAGUGUCCGGGGCCCUGGGGAACCUGCAGGAGUCCACAGGCCCCUCCAACACUCCAGGCUCACAGGUCUCCCGAGUGGUGGGAGGGCCGCUGGUUCAGCCCCCUGAUGCCCACUCAUCCUGGCAGGCCGGGGAGGGAAAGGGACUGGGGAGGGAGGGGCCGUUGGUCCGAAGCCACCAACUGGGCACAGUCAGUUGAAAGAGUUUACUGGGCUGGUGAGGGGAGUGGCCUACUCACUCCCUCGAGCUGCCCCUGGGGCACCUCUGCCUGGGCUGGGUAGUUGUGGGGCCCCCACAAAUUCCUGCAUGGUUCUCAGCUGGAAGCAGGGGCAAACUGAGAGGCAGGGUCCCGUAGGCCAAAUUGAAAAUGACAGUGCCCCGUACUGUGGGAAACAGACUGGUAGGAGGCAGGGACUGGCAGGUGCUGAGUUGGAACAGGCAGCAGCUGGCAGGGCGGGGGGAUGUAAUGCCCCCCCGCCAGGGUCCUGAGGAGUGCUCGUGGGGGGUGGCUUGCCUCCUCCCCCAAGUUGUCCCCACCUGAGGAGCCGAGGGGGAAAACUGCAGCCAGUCAGGCCGGGGUCUCCUGCCCUUGGAGGGCCCAGCUGCCCUCAGGGGGGCCGCCCCGGCUCUGCGCUGCCGCUGC